GCGUCACGUCCCACCGGCGCACGCACGCACUCCGCCGCCGCCACCACCACCAAGGCUCUAGGCUCCAACCCAGGCAGGCGCCGCCCACCUUGACGAGGAAUCACAAGAAUCCCUCGGCCGAAUCCCGUGGAUUCCAAGUUUCCAACCAUUCGGCGGCCGGCCGCACCACCAUUCCACCCGUCCACCUCGUUGCCUCCGCCCUCUGUCUCCCGGUCUCCGCUUCCCCUCGCAUCCGCGUCUCCAAAAACCCCCAACUCUGCACUGCACCGACCGCGCCGAGAGGAGAGACGAGAGCCCCCGAGACCGCGCGCCGCCAUGGCCUUCCACUACGCAGCAAUGCCCUCCUCCUCCUCCUCGUCCCUCUCCGGCGUCUCCUCCCAGCCCCCGCUUCACCUCCCCCGUCUCCGAUCCCCUCACCAAGCGUCCCGCCGCCUCUCCGCGCUCCCCUUCUCCCGCGCGCUCCCGCUUCCCCUCCGCCUCCGCCUCCGCAUUCCCCGUCCCCAACUUCCUCCGCUGCCCCUCGCGUUCUCCCACGGUGGGGGCGGAGAUAACGAUGGCGACGAUAAUAAUAACAAUGGCGGCGGAGAUGGCGAGGGGGAUGGCGGCGCGCCCGACAACCGGAGGGAGGCGCUGUUCGUGCUCGCGCAACUGGGGAGGAAGCUCGAGAGCCUGCCGUCCGACCUCGCGGCCGCCGUGGAGGGUGGCCGCGUCACGGGGGAGAUCGUGCGGCGCUUCGCUGAGAUGGAGGGCUCGGCGCUGCUCCGGUGGCUGCUCCAGUUCCAGGGGUUCAGGGAGCGCCUCCUGGCGGACGAUCUCUUCCUCGCUAAGCUUGCCAUGGAGUGCGGCGUCGGCGUCAUCGCAAAGACUGCUGCGGAGUAUGAGAAGAGAAGGGAGAAUUUUGUCAAAGAGAUUGAUAUCGUGAUUGCCGAUGUGGUCAUGGCAAUAGUUGCUGAUUUCAUGCUUGUCUAUCUUCCUGCUCCAACUGUAUCUCUGCAACCACCACUUGCAACAAAUGCUGGGCAUAUUGCUAAUUUUUUCCACAAUUGCCCGGAUAAUGCUUUCCAAAUUGCUUUGGCUGGAAGAUCAUACUCAAUUCUGCAGAGGCUAGGGGCUAUUCUGAGAAAUGGUGCAAAGCUUUUCACUGUGGGAACUAGUGCUUCUCUGAUUGGCACCGGUGUCACGAAUGCACUGAUAAAAGCAAGGAAGGCUGUUGACAAAGAGCUAGAUGACGAAGUUGAAGAUAUUCCAGUUUUGUCAACUAGUGUUGCUUAUGGUGUAUACAUGGCAGUAUCUAGUAACCUCAGGUACCAGAUUUUGGCUGGUGUAAUCGAACAGAGGAUGCUGGAGCCCCUACUACAUAACCACAAGCUUCUAUUGAGUGCUCUAUGCUUUGCUGUUCGCACGGGCAACACAUUCUUGGGUUCUUUACUAUGGGUUGACUAUGCCAGGUGGGUAGGCGUACAAAAGGUUCAAGAAGAGGCCUAAUGUUGGCAUACCGUAAGUUACUACGAUAUGUAUUCUACAACGUCACGACAUUCUUCUCUUCAUAGGGAACAUCUUUACUGGUAAAGGCAGAAGAUAGGCAUCUCCAUAUGUCGAAUUCAUAUCAACAGUGUCACCGUAUUUUUCUUCAUAGCCUGCAACUUGUAAGACUUGUCUUUGUAAUAUACGAGUUUUUGACCCAACGAGCACUCGGAGGGACCUGUUUAUUGUUUGUCUUUGUUCUAGGAUUGUCGUGCCUUUUAUUUUCACUUAUGGGGACUGUUGACAGCACUCUGCCGGAGUUUACUCAUGUAAUGUUGAUAAAGGACUGUCAGUCUGUCACCAUAGCAUUCGUCUGAAGAAAAACACUCUUCCCGUUUCACUUU